GUGCAGUCAGUAAAAUGGCGGAAGCGAGUGUUUCAUGGGCUCAGGAUCAGUUCAUCUGUUCAAUCUGUCUGGAUUUACUGAAGGAUCCAGUGACCAUUCCCUGUGGACACAGUUACUGUAUGAGCUGUAUUACAAACUGCUGGAAUCAAGACGAUCAGAAGAGAAACUACAGCUGCCCUCAGUGCAGACAGACCUUCAAUACAAGACCUGAUUUAGGAAAGAAUGUGAUGCUUGCUGAGAUGUUGGGAAAACUGAAGAAGACAAAUGUUCAGACUGAUCGAUCUGCUCUCAGUUCUGCUGGACCUGAAGAUGUGGAGUGUGACGUCUGUACUGAGAGAAAACACAAAGCUAUCAAGUCCUGUCUGGUGUGUCUUGAAUCUUACUGUCAAACUCACUUUGAACAACAUGAAGCUUUUCGGACAGGAAAGAGACACAAAGUGAUUGAUGUGACAGGAAGACUUCAGGAGAUGAUCUGCUCUCAACAUGACAAACUCAUCGAGGUUUACUGUCGCACUGAUCAGAGAUGUAUUUGUUAUCUGUGUGCGAUGGAUGAACAUAAAAAUCACGACACUGUAUCAGCUGCAGCAGAGAGAACUGAGAAACAGAGAUUACUGGAGGACAAGCAGAGAAAACUCCAUCAGAGAAUCCAGGAGAAAGAGAAGAAGCUUCAGGAUCUAAGAGAGACUGUGAAGAUUCACACACAGGAGAUUGAUGAUCUGAUGAGAAGAAAUGAUGAGAUGGAGAAACUUUCACAAACAAAAGAUCACAUCAGUUUCCUUCAGAGUUUUCAGUCUCUCUCUUCAUCUCCUGGAUCUCCAGACAACAUCACUGUCACUUCACUUUUCUCUUUUGAUGAUGUGAUGACCUCUGUCACUAAACUGAAAGAAAAGAUGGAGGAUUUCUGUAAAGAAGAGAUCGAAAAGAUAUCUGACAAAGUUUCAUUUAUUGAAAUUAUUCCCAAAGAACCCAAGACCAGAGCGGAGUUUAUACAAUAUUUUAGCCUGCUCUCUCUGGAUCCAGACACAUCAAGUAGAUUUAUUUGUCUGUCUGAGGAGAACAGAGUGGCUACUCACACUUCCACAGAUCAGAAGUAUCCUAAACAUCCAGACAGAUUUGAUGAUUGUCUUCAGGUGUUGUGUAGAGAGAGUUUGUGUGGACGCUGUUACUGGGAGGUUGAGUGGUGUGGUGAUGGUGUGUGUAUAUCAGUGUCCUAUGAGAGCAUCAGCAGGAAGGGAGGAGGUCCUGAGGGUGCAUUUGGAUAUAAUGAUCAGUCCUGGGGUUUAGACUGCUCUCCCUCUGAAUGUUCAUUCUGGCAUAAUAAGAUAAAGACAGAUCUCCCAAUAGUCUCCAGUUCUUGUAGGAUAGGAGUUUAUGUGAAUCACAGUGCAGGAAUUUUGUCCUUCUACAGCGUCUCUGACACAAUGACCCUCAUCCACAGAGUCAACACCACAUUCACUAAACCUCUCUAUCCUGGGUUUGGGUUACGUCAGAGGUCAACAGUGAAACUAUGUCAACAAUGUAAUUGAAUUGAUACCUGCUUAGAAUAGUGUAUAUAUAUAUAUAUAUAUAAUGUAUUAUGUAUACAAAAAAAUACAGUGUUAAAUGAACUCUCGCAGAGUUGAUUUUAACACUUCUUCAGAGUUUAUAUAGCUUCACACUUAUCAGAGUUAAAUGAACACUUUCAAGAUAGUACAUUUUUUAAAACAAGUUUCUUUGACAAUCAUAGCGUGUUAAAAUUCCACUUACUAGUGUUAAAUGUACACUGCUAGUGUUUAUACAGUAUUAGUAACACCAGACCAGGGGCCUCAUUUAUAAAACUUUGCGUAGGAUUUGCGUCAGAAGUGGCGUACGGAUGAAACAGGACGCGCGUACGCACAGAAAUAAUCGGAUUUAUAAAACCGUGCGCACGCACAUCCUACGCAUUUUUCCCUUAAUAAAUCACAAUCAAUUCUAAAUGUAGCGCAGCUUUUGCGGCUUCAUGACACGCCCAUAGUUGUCCAUAAAUAGUCCGUGAAACGCCCACAAGUUAAUAUGCAUUGAUUGCGAAAUCAUGGCAAACACAGAGAGGAAAUAAAAAAAACGUAACUUCACUCAAUGUGAAGUAGAAGUUAUCAUUGGCGAGGUGGAAAAGAGGAGAAAAAUGUUGUUUG